AUAUUUCAUGGUAUUAAACAAAUUAGGAAACGUCGAAAAGUUAGAAUGACUUCGAUUAAAAUUACAUGUGAUUAAAAUCGUGUUGUUCAUUUAUUUUCUACUUUUCGUACAAUGCGAUUGCUUGGUUUAUUCAAUCGCGGAAAGCGAGAAUUUCAUCGUGAAAGGAAUGCUUCGCAUCAGCGAUAUCGUAAAUUUAUCCUUCGGUCAGUAAGUUAGUAUAUUGCUUCAGUCUGCAACGGUAACUCGUUCGGGGUCAGAAAUCGAAAAAUAGCGGACACAAGUCACGUUAUGUUCGUUUUGUCGAUUAACUGGCAGCCAAUGUUAACGGUCGAUGAGCUGCUUCAUUUCGUAUUCUUUUCAAUAUAAGGUCACGUGAAGAGGAGAAUGGACAUUGAUAAAGGUUGGGAGAUCUUCUCUAGACCGAGAGAAGAUCAUUUCUGUUGAUAUGCACAUUACUCUGGGAAAUUUCAAUUUCUAAUGUAGUUCUAGGUGAGGGAAAAACGGAACAGAAACUAUAAAAUGAGACAGUGAUUAUUUUCCGAUCUUUUAUUGGCAUCGAAUUUAUUGAAGAUCGUUGAAUUUAAUACGUUCAAUAUUUUAUUGUUGCAUUUAAUUUUUUUUCCCAUUUUCUUAACAAUUCAAUCAUUGUUCAUCUUUUACAAUUUUAAAUUUAGAUUCGAUUUUAUGUUUAGAUUAAAGUUUAAAUUCAUGAUACUAAUGAUAGAUUUUUCUUUACGUAGGAUACGUUCAAUAUAUUUAUUUUGCCGUAUAUGUAAAUGUAUCAUAAACGUUUCAUUGCGAAAGAUUCCUUGAGCAUCGUUCUUUGCACGUUUAUUAGCACGAAUAUAGUUUUGAGAAAAUGUUAGAUAAUGUGUCUGAUAUAAGUGUCGCAAUCUUUUGCGACGAAAAAACAUAAGUAUAUUUAAUAAUAAAUAAUAACAUAAUAGUGGUGUAGCGAGAAUUAUUAUGAUCUUUCUAAUUACGGUGUUCGUGACGGGUGUUUCAAAAUAAUUUUUCAUUGUGGUAGUUUCGCAACAUCUGAUAAAAUCGCGCAUCCAUUAGACGUUACGUUAGCAGAUCGUAUUUUUCUUUUUUCUAACGAAUGACAGAAACAACGUGCAAUAUUAUUCGUUUGCAAAUUGAACAGAGUACUUGACACGUCUGUCAGGAUGCGUCUUUGGUUGUUGAUAGUUUGUGCUUUACAGUGGUACGUGGUGCAGGUGAGCAUAAAAUAAUUGAAUAAUUAAUUUUUUCCUUGUAAAUGACAAAUUAAGCUGUGUACGAGUAAUAAAUUUAUUUUCAUUUCGAUGUAACACAUUUAGUGAAAUGACAUGGAAAAGUCUCACUUCAUGUUUGAAAGUUUCGAGCACUUUGUUUUUGGAGAAAACGAAUAUUUUUCGUUAAUGAGAAAUAAGAAUAUUGUAACUAUUAUUUUUUAAUAUAAUUAACCAACACUAUUACAAAAUAUUUAUUUAUUAAAUAAUACUAAAAUGAAUAAUUCUUAUUUCUAAAUGGUGUAAAAUACUUGUCUGUUUAAAGAAGUUUAUUUCCCUUAAAAUCCUAAUAUAUUUCAUACUUAAUAACUGAAAGAUUGGAAAAUGUAAGUGAAGAAUAAGCUUUAUUAAUUGUUUUCGUCCUACAUUUUUAAUUGCUUUUUUUUCUAAAAAUGUUUGAUUCAUAAUUAUCAAAGUAUUUUGUAUUGUUAAUAGGCAGACUACGAUGUGAUAUUGGAAGAUAUUGAUUGUUCCCAAGUAAAUGAAGAAUAUAUAAAGACAUGUGAUUUCGAAUUGAACUACGAUAGCACGUACGGAGCCAGUCUGAAUUCGUAUAUAGAGAUCAUUAAACAACUCCCUGAGGAUCUCAUGAUAGUAGCCGACGUAUUCACGGUUCGAAUGGGUGAAUAUUCGGUUGAUCUCGGGCUCCACAUAGAAACAAAUUUUUGUGAAGUUGCUUCUGAUUCAAAUUCUAUAGUACUUCCUAUACUGAGAGCAGUGAACUUGGAUAAUAUGGAUAAUUGUCCUCCAGCUCCGAGAGUUUACCAAGGAGAAGAUUAUGUAAUCGACAAUAUGGAUGGUUUACCGCCAUCAUUUCCCAAUGGUCAUUAUUUAGUUAAUAUAACAUUAUUAAACAAAAGUACUACGUUAAUGCAUUUCGACAUCUAUGUGAGAAUAUACUGAUCAGUUUUUCAAGAUCUAUAUUAAUAGAGAAUUUCAAAUAAAGUUUGAAAUAAAGAUUAAUCAGCAAGCAUGUAAUAUAUUUAUUGCAGUGUUUUAAAUAUUCUUGUUGACGUAUUUACAUUAUACACAAAACAUAAGUGCCAUAAAAUUACUUUAAUAGACUGGAAUUUUGUUCGGGACGAUGGAAACAUUUAUCUAAUUUUUAAAAGUUAUUCAUCCAACUUUUUAAAAAAUAUUUCACUUUUGUUUCAUUCGUGUUUAUUUUUCUUUACGCUAAAUCAGUGUCUCACAGUUUCCCUUGAGUUGCGAUUCUCUUUCAUAAUAAUUAAAUAAGUCACAACUUCUCUUUCGUAAUAUUUGCAUCAAACGGAAUUCCUGAUGUGCCGAAGGAACCGAUGUUGGAAACGAUUGAUGUUGCAGCUUGUAAUCCCAACCUCAUGUUUAAUAUAAUAUAUUUAGACUUUAGAAAUGAAAAGUAAAACUGUUAAUAAUAGU